AUGGCCAUUUAUUUUGCUUCUCAUUACAGCUUUUCACUUGUGCGAGACUGAGAUUUGGAAGUUUUCYACUGCUGCUUGCUGAGAUCCCAACUUCUGCAUCACCACACCAUCAGCUUAAUCCAUCUACAUACAUAUAACUCUUAAUCCUACACAUACUUUAUCUACAUAUUGAAAUAAGUUUUUUUGCACAUAGUAACAUUCACACGUAGUCCUACAAAUACUGUUUAAUUUUAGAUAUUAUUUGUAAAUAACCAGCUUUCCCCCCCCAGGUGUCUUUUUUUUUUAUUCUGGUCUUGCAGAAUGCCACGUCGGGGUCGUCGGUCCGAGUCUGCUAAGGUGAGAUGGAGGAAGCUGGAGAGUGUGCCGGACGUCGCCAAGCCGGGGACAUCAGCGCUCACGUCUCGGGCUUGGACCACCACCGAGUCUCCGCCGAAGAAGACGUCGCGACUGCUGGAGGGUGGCCUGCCCGACCAGCUUCAGUUUGCUCUUUUGGUUGGUGAUUCUCAUCUGCGUGCUAUCGUGGAUGGGUAUUCUACCAUGCCAAAGGGCGACUUCUCCUUAGGGUUGCUUGCAUCCCCYGGAGCCUCUGCGGAAGAGUUGCGGCUUGAGGUCCAGAAUACACUUCUGCCUCGGCCCCCCGAGGUGAUCUGUCUUCUGGCCCCAAGCAACAACUUGACCGCCAGCAGGACCUUCGUGGAGGCCGGACGGGACUUUGCCAGGUUGUUGCGUACUGUCUGCGAACUCUCUGCUAAUGUGGUUGUUGUGGACUUUCCUCCACGACUUGUCGUGGACCAAAGUUCGCAACAUCUGCUGCGGCAGGAGUAUCGCCGUGUGGCUGCUCAGAGAAAUGUUCGGUACCUGCCUGUUACUGAGCAUUUCCCGUUGAGCAGCCUGCACUUGUGGAGCAGGGAUGGCGUUCACCUGAGCGACCAUCCUGGGAUGGAGGUCCUUGCUCAGUUGCUUCAGGCGGCGGUCUGCUCGCAACUUGAGUUAAGUGCACCGAAAUCUCCAGCUCCCGUGACGUUGGCUCCUCCCCCUCCUGGGACGGCUUCCCCCCCBGCGGUGAGACGUCCCCUGCCCCGGCUGGUUGUGGUUGGUGAGGUGGCGGCUCCCCGUCGUUCGGACCCCUUCGACUGGACUGUGGUUGGUGGCCGGAAGACAUCGCGUGAGGUCCAGGGUGGUGAUGGCUGUCGACACACCACUGGGAGGAUGGUUGACCAUCAGGGAGACCUGUUGGACUCUUCCAUCCCCCCGAAUCCUGUGUGGUUCAGCCCAGCGUUGCUGGAGGAGAUGGACCGGAUCGUUCCUGCGUCUGGCCKUGACGCUCCGCUACCUACAUGUUCUCCGAAGGGGAAGAAGAAGGCGAGUCCGAGGCGUCGUCCAGUUUCUGAUCCCUCCAAGCUGAGUCCGGUGGAGCAGCAGAUGGAGGGAGCGCCGAGAGAGACCACCAGCCCARCUCGUCGCGAGGCACSGAGACCRGUCCCCCCGAUGGACGUCGAGGCCCCUGCCGAGUCCUCUCCCGUGCCACCAGAGGACCAUGUCCGGGAUGGGAGCUGCCAGGCUUCUGCGAUGGAACCCGGGAUCCGCGGUCCACCGGUCCUGUUGGUAAGUGCUUCACAUUCCCAGGCCGACAGGAGGUAUGCUGCAUUUUCCCGUAAUCACCAGUGUACAUGCAUGGCACUCACAUUUUUAGCUUACCACAAUGAGGGGUUGCAGUUUGACACAGUGUUGCUUGACAGAGUGAUUGAAAAAGGAGAUGAACUUUAUACUGGCGUUAAACAGCAACUAAUCAGUGACAGAACAUUUCGUGAUGAUCACUUGACUUUCGAAGAGAUGCCUGACCAUGUACUGACAGAUGGGAACAUCUAUGCAGUACACACCACUGGUUUGAGAGUAGGUCAUGUUUUUGCUCGGAGCGGGAGCCCACAAGGAUCUCGACAAUUGGGUUUGCCUCUUGCCCUGCAACUGGAAUGUCUGUUGGAAAAUGUYACCCAUGSUUUUCUCUUGGUGACUCCAGAGUGCAUUGCAGUUUUCAGGGACAGAAGCGGUCGGUUUGGAGUUUUUGAUUCCCACUCAAGAAAUUCAGCAGGCCUACCCCACCCCAGUGGAACUGCAGUAAUGAUGACUUUCUGCAACCUAUCUGACAUGGUCAACCAUCUGCUGAAGCUCUUUCGAAACCGCGGCCCCAAUGCCACCUAUGAGUUUGUGCCAGUAGGUUUUGUCAAGGACAAUAACAACCCUUCUCAGGACUUGGCCUUUCAGAACAUUUCAUUGGUAGCCACACAAGAAAGUCCAACUGCUUUGAAACUAGAGAGCACCUCUGGUGAAGUGGAAAUGCCUCCUUGGCUCAGGGAAAUUGCAAACGUAUUAGAGGAAACAUCUCCAACCACACCAAAUGUAUCAAAAGUUCCAAAAGCCAAUAGAAGAAAAAUUAGGAACAGGGUCAAAAUGCAACAGGGACAGAAUGUAGCAAAUAAAAUGAAACAACGUUCAUCUGAAAAAGAAAGAUAUGUAAAAUCUCCAACAUUUAGGACCAAAAAGCUACAAGCCUUAAAACAAACAUACAUUCUUCAUCAAGCUCAGAAGAAGGAUCAUCUCAAGCAUAGAUACAAGAUAGAUGUACAUUUCCGGAAGAGAAAAAUGAAUUAUAUUAAAUACAGAUUCAACCUUGUCCCCAGCUUCAGAGCCAGACAGAAAGCCUACAUGGCUGAGUAUUUAAAGAAACGGUUCAGAGAUGAUCCUGUCUUCAGAAGCAGAAAAAAAUCAUACAUCAGCAAUCGUUUCAGAGAUGAUCCUAGCUUUAAAAGCAGACAAAAAUCAUGCAUCAGAAAUCGAUUCAGAAACGAUCCAGUAUUCAGAAGCCAACACAAAAAAACAAUGAGUGAGUAUAUGAGGAAAAAGUAUCACAGAGAGCCUGAUUAUAGGUUCAGACAUAAUAAAAAGUGUGUUGCCAACAGGGAAAUCAGGCUAUCAAGGGAAGCAAUUUCUAAAAAACUCAACUUUCAACAUGCUUUGCGAAUCAGAAGGAAAUACAAAAGAAAUGCAGUUGUCAAUGUUGAAACUCCACGCCCCCUAAUGAGUGACGAAAUGAAAGCUGCAAUACAAAACUUUUAUAAGAACAUUCAAAACGGACCCACAUAUGUUUGCACUGUGUGUCACAGAGCUCUUUUCCCCAAUCAAGUGAAGCACUGUMAAAGAGAUAAAUAUACCAAGAAUAUGCGUGUAGUAGCUGAUUGUCUAACAGGUACGUAUGUUCACGUGUGUGAAUCUGCUUGCUCAACUCCAUGUUCUGUACCCGAAGAGAGGACAGGGGAGUGGAUCUGCUACACGUGUGACAGCCAUCUAAGCAGGGGAAAGAUGCCAUCGAUUGCUGCUGCCAAUAACCUUCUCUUAGCUCCUGUUCCCCCAGAGCUUGCGGAAUUGAAUGUWCUUGAAAGGCAAUUAAUUGCAAAAAUUCUGCCUUUUGCAAAAAUUGUUUCUUUGCCCAAAGGACAGCAAAGGGCAAUACAUGGAGCAGUUGUCUGUGUUCCUUCUGACAUGGAAACUGUUGUCAACAGUCUUCCGAGGCCCCGUGCGGAAGCCCAGCUUUUACAGGUGAAGCUGAAGAGGAAAACAAAGUACAAAGGUUACCAAUACUUUUACACAGUCAACAUGAAAAAUGUGUUAGCUGGACUGAGCAAGCUUAAAGAGAGUCAUCCGGAUUACAAAGACGUAAGUAUAAAUGAAAGCGCCACAUUUGAGGGUUUGCAGGAGGACCAGCCAGUUGAGGACUUGGACAUGAAAGCAGAGGAGACUGAAAUGGAUGCAGCAACAGCAGACCAGCAACCUGACCACAUAGGGGCAGAGCAUCAGGCACUUCGACCUGGUCUGAUCUUGGACACUUGCAUGCAGCCUCCUGACAUAGCACAGGAAAUGAAGACGGWAUGA